GGCCCGAACGUCGAGCUCAUGACCGGGGACGGCAUGGUCCCGUUCGGGUUCGAGCUGCUCGCGGGGUCCGGCGACCCGGCCGGGGGAAACUCGGGGCGGGUCCUCCGCGCGAUCGUGGAGAUCACGCGGGCGGUGGGGUCGCAAGGGAUGGUGCACGGGCAGUACCGGGAGGUGGAGUACCUCCUGUCGCGGGUCCAGGGCAGCCGGGACGACCAGGAGUGGGCGGCCGACCACGUGUGGGCGAAGAAGGAAGGGGACCUGCACGCGUGCGCGGCGGCGUGCGGGGCGAUACUCGGCGGCGGGACGGAGGAGGAGAUCGAGGGGCUGAGGAGGUACGGGUUCUACGUGGGGAUGGUAAGGGGCAUGACGGCGCACGGGGGCGGAGGAAGAGAGGACCGCUGGUCGAAUGCGGUGGUGGAAGACAUGAAGAAGUUGGCUCGCAAGGCGUUGGCAGGUUUCGAUGCCGGGAAGGUCGAGGCGGUCGCCAGCAUCCUGGAUUGCGGCAUCGAGUCCUAGAUCUUUCCGAAGGGGUUCCGACAGAAUCGAAGAGUCAACGUUAAUUAGCUUUGCAGGAAUCUUGGAAUCCAAGGUAAAUGGUGUCGGCUAGUGUAAUGGCAAAAAGUCCAGAUGAGCCCUGACCUCUACCUGUAUAAUUUAAGGACCCCACAGCACAGGAGGAGUGAUGGCACUGUCCAAUCAUUCUUGGAUCCAAUUGAUCUUAGCCGUUCGAUCAUAAGUUACCCAUUGCAUGAUUCGACGGUUGUGAUCAACUAGGGUUUUUUGGGGUUAAUAUUUUGGUUUUUACACAUGAGAUCUUGUUUAGUGCCAGACAACGCCUAUUCGGAAAGCUUCGCACCGUCCUCGCCCCGCCGUUUUAUUCUCGAAACGAAGUGAUGCGACAUGCUGUAUGGUCAUUUGACAUUUUAUGGAAUUAAACAAGCUCUAACCUUCACGU